AUGGCUGAACCAAUUGCUGGCCAGUUGUGCUUCGGUGGUCUGCGACUCACGCAACUCCAACAACGAGUCCAGGUAGGUGCUGGCCAAAAUGUCAGUGAUGCGAACGAACACCACACGCAGUGGAUCCAGGAAGAAGAAGAAUUUGCGAACGGCUGUGCACACGUAGAACACGUGAAACGACGGUUCCAACUGGGAGAGCUGUGUUGA